UCGUGUCAGAUCAUCCAUUGAGAUCAAGUGAGAGAGACCGAGCAAGAGAGUGAGGCGGACGAGAAAAAGAAACAGUUGAUAAAGCAAGAGGAAAAAAUAAAAGAAUAAACGUAAGAAGGAAAGGACACUUCUAAUAUAAUCGAAAGAGAACAGUGUAUUCUUGCUGGAAGUUUCGAAGCUCAGUCAUCAUGGAUGUUGUUGUUGAUUCGGCAAAACUCUGGUUAAGCGAGUUCCUCCCCUACUGGCGAAAAGCUGAGGGGACCUUGGCAGUCGUCGGGGUUUGUUACGCCGGCUCAGUCGCUAUCAGCUUGCUAUGGCAGGUCACGAAUGGGGUCAGAGUUCAUUUCUGGUCGCGACUCUGGAAGAAAGACCUGGUAGGGAAGUACGGAAAAUGGGCAGUUGUCACAGGGUCGACCGACGGCAUUGGGAAAAGCUACGCCAAGGAACUCGCAAGUAAAGGCAUGAACAUACUGCUGGUUUCCCGGACAAAGGCAAAGCUGGAGCAAGUUGCACAGGAAAUAACUUCAAAAUAUGGCGUCGAAACGGAUAUAGCACAGGCUGACUUCUCGGAAGGUCGAUCAGUGUAUGCUAACAUUGCUGAGCAUCUGAAGGGAAAAGAUAUUGGGAUUCUAGGUAAGUUUCCUAUGUCUAGUAGUAAUUUUUUUUUCUUAACCCAUUCGCACUCCCUACCCUCUUGCAACCGUCAGAUCAAGUUAUCAGUAACCACAAAGAUGAUCAAACGUACCGCCUGA